UUACCGCCUCGUUAUUCACAUUAGACGUUUUACGUUUUUUGAGACUGUGUGCUUAACUCUAAAAUACAUGCUCACUUUAGAAGCGCAUUUUUUUGUACGGGUUAAUGUGUUUUCACACGUACCUCUUUACGGGGAUAUGUGUUCGAAUCUGGCAACCGUGUUGCGGGACCGCUGUGGGGAUGAGCAGCGGCUAAUGGCUGACUGGGAGUUCUGAUUAGCUUGCCGCUGUUUGUGAUGUGGGACCUUGUUUUGGUGAACCAUUCCUGAAGGUGCAUUUGGAAGAAAGAGCCUACGAGUGCCAGGCCGUGUUUUGGCAGCCGCUUUGCAACAUGUCCAAAAGCAAGAGCUCGGAGUCGAUCAAGGUGGUGGUCCGCUGUCGCCCAAUGAAUGAAAAAGAAAAGGCAGCCAAGUUUGAAAUGGUCGUUUCUGUCGACGUGAAACUGGGCCAAAUAAUUGUCAGGAACCCCAGGGAGGCUGCUGCCAAUGAACACCCCAAAGUCUUCACUUAUGAUUCAGUAUACGACUGGAACUCUAAACAAAUAGAUUUGUAUGAUGAAACCUUCAGGCCCCUGGUGGACUCAGUUUUACUUGGGUUCAACGGGACCAUUUUUGCCUAUGGUCAGACGGGUACAGGGAAAACAUACACCAUGGAGGGGGUGAGAAAUGAUCCAGAGAGGAGAGGGGUGAUCCCGAACUCAUUUGAGCAUGUCUUCACUCACAUAUCCCGCUCCCAGAAUCAGCAGUACUUGGUGAGAGCAUCGUAUCUAGAAAUCUAUCAGGAGGAGAUCAAAGACCUGCUCUCCAAAGACCAGACCCGCCGCCUUGAGCUCAGAGAGAGGCCUGACACCGGUGUGUAUGUGAAAGACCUUUCCUCAUUUGUCACUAAGAGCGUGCGGGAGAUUGAACAUGUCAUGAACGUGGGCAACCAGAAUCGAUCAGUGGGUGCCACGAACAUGAAUGAACACAGCUCCCGUUCUCAUGCUAUCUUCGUCAUCACGGUGGAGUGCAGUGAGCUGGGUGUGGAUGGGGAGAACCAUAUCAGAGUGGGCAAACUGAACUUGGUAGAUCUAGCAGGAAGUGAAAGACAGACCAAGACUGGUGCUCAGGGGGAGCGGCUCAAAGAAGCCACGAAGAUCAACCUGUCGCUUUCUGCUCUGGGGAACGUCAUAUCAUCUCUGGUGGACGGCAGGAGCAGCCACAUCCCGUACCGAGACUCCAAACUCACCCGCCUGCUGCAGGACUCUCUGGGGGGAAAUGCCCGCACAGUCAUGGUGGCCAACAUCGGCCCUGCAUCCUACAACCUGGAGGAGACACUGACAACGCUGCGCUACUCCAACAGGGCUAAGAACAUUAAAAAUAAACCACGUAUCAAUGAGGACCCCAAAGAUGCCCUGCUGAGGGAGUUCCAGGAGGAGAUCGCAAGGCUGAAGGAACAGCUGGAGAAGCGCUCCGGAAAGAAGAAAAGGAGGAGGAGGAGGAGGGGUGGGGAAGGGAGCGACGGUGAGGAUCUGGAGGAAGGGGAGACGGAGGAGGAUGAGGAAGAAGGGGAAGAUAAAGGGGAUUACUGGCGGGAGCAGCAGGAGAAGUUGGAGAGAGAGAGAAAAGCCAUCAUGGAGGAUCACAGUCUGGUGGCUGAGGAGAAACUCCGGCUGCUCAAAGAGAAAGAGAAGAAGAUGGAAGACCUGAAGAGGGAGAAGGACGCCGGGGAGAUGCUGUCAGCCAAAGUGAAGGCGAUGGAGAGUAAGCUCCUGGUGGGGGGGAAGAACAUUGUGGAUCACACCAAUGAGCAACAGAAAAUGCUGGAGCUGAAGAGGCAGGAAAUCACGGAGCAGGUACACCACAUCCUC